AGUAUUACUAAGCAUGUUCUGAGAUAAGUAUAGUAUUGCAGAACUUCAUGUAACGAUUUACACGCCCCAGCGGUCAACUCAGGUGAACCUGGCAAACCCUUUUCACCGCCAUUAGCUGACGCUGGAAUGCUGCCCAUAUAGCUACGUAGGUUGUUUGGACUCAGAAAGCCAUUUGACAGGGAAACAUUCUCCUGUUAUUGUCAUCAUGUCCCUGGGACUCGCAGCUACAUUUCUACUGGUCUCCUUUGUCACCCUCCUGCUGUACCUAAUAACAUGGAGGGGAGGGAAAAAGCUGGAAAACCUGCCCCCAGGACCAACGCCUCUGCCCCUGCUGGGGAAUAUUAUGCAGAUAAGCACCAAAGAAUUGCCCCAGUCCCUGGUUAAGCUAAGCAAGGAAUAUGGACCAGUGUACACAGUUUAUUUGGGCAGCCAGCGUGCGGUCAUGCUUUUUGGGUGCGACACGGUGAAAGAAGCUCUGGUGGAUCACAGCAACGUGUUUAGCGACAGAGGGAACUUACGUCUGGGUGAUUUAUUGUUCAAAGAUUAUGGCAUCCUCCUGAGCAAUGGAGAGAGGUGGAAGACGAUGCGUCGAUUCUCUCUCAUGACAUUGAGAAAUUUCGGAAUGGGGAAGAGAAGCAUUGAGGAAAGAAUCCAAGAGGAAGCUCGCUCUCUCACAGAAGCCUUCAGAAAGCACAAAGACAUCACAUUUGACCCCAUGGUUCUGCUUGGACAGGCGGUCUCCAAUGUUAUUUGCUCGGUCGUCUUUGGUGAGAGAUUUGACUACGAAGAUAAGAAAUUUGAAAAACUUCUGUUCAACAUUAGCGAAAUUUUGCGACAGUUGAAUUCAUUUUCUGGCCAGGUGAAUACUUCGUUCCCAGAUGUUCUGAGUGUCAUCCCUGGCCCUCACAAGAAAGUCUUCACAAAUGUCUCUACUCUCAGAGCGUUUGUUAUAGGGAUGAUUAAAUCUCAUGAAGAAACGUUAGAUAAAAACUGUCCAAGGGAUCUAAUAGACUCUUUCCUGAUAAAGAUGGAUGAGGAAAAAAAUAAUCCCAAUACAGAAUUCCAUGAUGAAAAUUUAAUUGGAACAGUUAUAGAUUUGUUUUUUGCCGGAACAGAGACCUCCAGCACAACAUUAAGAUACGGUCUCCUGAUUCUGCUCAAGCACCCAGAGAUUCAAGAAAAGGUCCAAGAAGAGAUUGACAGUGUAAUUGGCCAAAGUCGAUCUCCAUCAAUGGAGGACCGGAGUAAGAUGCCGUAUACCGAUGCUGUGAUUCAUGAAAUCCAGAGAUUUGCUGAUAUUGUCCCUAUAGGUGUUCCCCAUGCAGCCAGUAAAGACACAACCUUCAGAGGAUAUCACAUUCCCAAGGGAACAUUUGUCCUCCCAGUUUUGACUAGUGUCUUGAAGGACCCCAGGUACUUUAAAACCCCCCAUGAGUUUGACCCUGGUCACUUUCUGGAUGAGAACGGACGUUUUAGAAAGAAUGAAGCCUUCAUGCCAUUCUCUGCAGGUAAACGUAUGUGUAUGGGUGAGGGUUUGGCUCGUAUGGAGAUUUUCCUCUUUCUUGCAACCAUCUUGCAGAAUUUCACCCUGAAACCAACGGUGGAUACGAAAGACAUUGAUAUAAAACCAGAGCCAAACACCAAUGCUUCAAGACCUUGGAACUACCAGAUGUAUGCUGUCCCUCGAUUCAAAUCUUAAGUGCGGAAGCCAAUCUUCGUAAAACACUCAACAUAUAAAUAGUAUCAAAAUAAGCAGGAACAAAGUUUUUACGUUAAUUUACAUUGCUUUCUACAAACUGAAUAUUAUUUUAUCUUCUUUAGACUGUAAGCUCAUUUGAACA